ACGUAAGAGCAGGAAAGGGCUCGGACAUGGCGAGGCGGCUGCAGCGGCGCUGGCCAGGCUGACGGAGAGGCUGGUGGCUGCCCUCCCUUCUCUCUCUCUCUUUCUCUCCCCCCACCCCCCUUCUCUCUCUCUCGGCUCCCCUCCCGCCCCCCACACGCACUCACCACACAAUUCACACACGCACACAACUGAGAGGCCUUAUAUCGACACCCCCCCUGUCCAAAAAAAGAAAGAAAGAAAAACCCAACACAGCAGGAGCGUCAACAGCAGCAGCAGCAUCCAGCAUCCUCCUUUGGCGAAGCGCUGCGGCUGGAGCUUUCUAUUCCCCCCACCUCCUCCCCAUCCCCAGAGCCGAGCGACCCCCAGAGCUCCGUCUGCCUGCCUUUCCCCUCUGCACCCAGCCCCGCGAAGCCCCCCUGGUGCCGACCACCCCUCUCCAUGGACUGAAUGAAGACUGCGUGCACCUCCUAUCGAUGCCUAACCAAAGAGCUGGACAGCUGCGCCAUGAACCCGGAGAUGACAAUGGAGACGCUGGGCCCCUUGCACGGGCCCUCCAGCCAUGAGCAGGAGCUGAUGGGCAGCCCCAGCCCCCACCACCACCCCAGCAGCCGGAGCGCCGGAUCGCUCCGGGUCCAGCCGCCGCCGCCUCCAGGCCCUCCGCCGCCGCCGCCUUCCCACCAGGACUUGGCGUCCGCCUCGUCGCGUUCAGCCAUGGUGACCAGCAUGGCCUCGUUGCUGGACGGCGCGGGGGACUACCGCGCGGAGCUGUCCAUCCCCUUGCACCACGCCAUGAGCAUGCCGUGCGACUCGUCUCCUCCGGGCAUGAGCAUGACCAGCACCUACACCACGCUGACGCCGCUGCAGCCCUUGCCACCUAUCUCCACCGUGUCGGAUAAGUUCCACCACCCGCACGCGCACCACCACCCGCACCACCACCACCACCACCCGCACCACCACCCGCACGCGCACCACCACCACCACCAGCGCCUGUCGGGCAACGUGAGCGGCAGCUUCACCCUCAUGCGCGACGAGAGGGGCCUCCCGGCGAUGAACAACCUCUACAGCCCUUACAAGGAGAUGCCCGGCAUGGGGCAGAGCUUGUCCCCCUUGGGCGGAAGCCCCCUGGGCAACGGGCUGGGCUCCAUCCACAACACCCAGCAGGGCCUGCAGAGCUACGGCCCCGCGGGCCACGAGAAGAUGCUGAGCCCCAACUUCGACGCGCACACUGCCAUGCUGGCCCGCGGGGAGCAGCACCUGUCGCGGGGCCUGGGCACCCCUCCGGCGCCUAUGAUGUCUCACCUCAACGGGAUGCACCACCCCAGCCAUCCCGGAGGCCACCCUCAGUCUCACGGGCCGGUCUUGGCCUCCGGCAGGGAGAGGCCCCCGUCUUCUUCCUCGGGAACCCAGGUCAACAACUCCGGGCAGCUGGAAGAGAUCAACACCAAAGAAGUGGCGCAGAGAAUCACAGCCGAGCUGAAGCGCUACAGCAUCCCCCAGGCCAUUUUCGCCCAGAGGGUGCUGUGCCGUUCUCAGGGGACCCUUUCAGACCUUCUAAGGAACCCUAAACCUUGGAGUAAACUGAAAUCGGGCAGGGAGACCUUCAGGAGAAUGUGGAAAUGGCUGCAGGAACCCGAGUUCCAGAGGAUGUCAGCCUUAAGACUUGCUGCAUGCAAGCGCAAAGAACAAGAACCAAACAAAGAUAGGAACAACUCCCAGAAGAAAUCCCGUCUGGUUUUCACCGAUCUCCAACGCAGAACACUUUUUGCCAUCUUCAAAGAGAACAAACGUCCGUCCAAAGAAAUGCAGAUCACUAUUUCUCAACAGCUGGGCUUGGAACUUACUACUGUCAGUAACUUCUUCAUGAAUGCUAGGAGGCGGAGCCUCGAGAAAUGGCAGGAUGAUUUGAGCACCGGGGGACCCUCCUCAACCUCCACCACUUGUACCAAAGCAUGAUCGAAAAUCAGAAUCUAAAUUGGGCACAACUCAACGAAUAUAUUUGAAAAGGAAUGGAUUGUUACUGGGGCCCUUCACUGGUGAUUUGAAAGCACAAUCCUCUUAAAACAGUAAUACUGAUUUACAACACAGGGCAUUUUAAUUUUAUUUAAAUGAUUCUUAGGGUUUGUUUCCUUUUUAAAAAUAUAUAUAUGUGCAGGUCAAAAAUACAUUAAAAGGCAAGACUAAGCAUGUAUGAAACAGAAGUAGGUCAUUCAUGACCCAAAUUAAUCCAGGGCUAUCAUGACAGACCCAAUCAAAGCUGAAAAUGUUUAUCAUCUUCAAGGGCCAAGGAAUCGGCCAACAAGACAGUACCACCUUUGCUAAGAUUUGUUCACCAAAGGAAAUCCAAACACACUGGACCUAUUUUGUUUCCAACAUGCUUAGUUUCUCCACACUACUAUACCAAAGCUCACAAGCAUUGAAACAUAUAAGUACUGAGCACAAACUUAAUCUAGACCUAAGAACAGGGGGGGGGGUUAUUUUAGAAACUCAGGCAUUGUUACGUUAAACAUUUUCAGAACUAUCCGACUUGCUUUCUCUUAAGGGGGGGGUGGAAAUGUCAAUGAAGAUAAGGUCUUGGAUCAGUACGAUUCGGUUCCCUUGAACCCAAACUAUCAAGCACAAAGACACCAGAAAACAGGAACAGCUCUGGACUCUUUGCCUGUUCUUACAAGACGUGCUCGGAGUUAGGGGGCGUUAGCGAACACAUUGGUUUCAAGCACACUUUUGCAGGUCUUCACAAUUUCUAUUUGUACAUAGUGCAGACACACACUCAGGAAGCCAGUUUAAGAUGCUACCACGGAUAGAGCAAAUGCAAGACUUGAAACGCUCUAGACUUUAUUUUUUAAAAGAAACUAAUCAUGAAUAUGUCCUAAAGAGUUAUGAGACAUCCAAUUUCAUCCCGUCACUUUUUUUUUAAUUUAAUUUUUGCCACAUUGAUUCUGUGUUUGAGUUAGUUGGUGUUUCCAGGCGGGAAAAUAAAGCCAAUGCCUUCAUGACUUCACUGACCACUGGAGCACUUACUUACUCCAAGUCUGUUCCAUGGAUAAAAAGCAUCCCACCCACCACUUCAUGUAAGAAUGCAACACACCAAAGAUGCAGGAUAUUGCAAACCAAAGACCAUUAUAACUUGCCAUUUCCCAACGUCAUUGUCAUCGCCAUUGUCCUUGUCAUCAGUGUAGUCAGUUUUUGAAUAUGUUUGAAAUAAACGUCAGUCCAUGUACAGCUCUAUUCCAGUUCACCUGUCCAGUGAGCUGAAAGAGACAGUGUUCUCAAGUGAAGCAUCAAAUAUAACUUUUAAUCUCACUAGGGUACAGUGUUCACCUAAGGAUACCCACACACAACACAAUCUUUCUCAUCAGAAUUGCUAUGGUCACUCAAUGUGCAUAUUCACCAGUGAAUAGCCCCCCAUUCCUUGGAACACCACUUGAGUGUUCAAAAGCAAGCCAAAUGCUGUAACGAUCCUUUAAAGACACUUGAGACUCUUUUAUGUACUACUUAAUCGAAACCAAAGAAACUUUUUCUGCACCUACUUCUUCUGCAACAAACUGUUCCAUUUAGGGGGGGAAAAAAUAAAGAAAUGAAUAAUAAUUUAAAUAUAAAAAAGAACCAAACCAAGGAAGCACGUCAGGAAACAAACCAAUGCUAACACACUGUGUUUUGACAGACAUCUUGGAACAUUUUUAGGAAGCAGAGUUCAAAGAAAGGGUUGACAAGAAAGGAAACGAAUGGAAAAGCCAAUGGGGAUUGCUGCUUCAUUUUGACAACUCAGUAAUCUUAAAGUUGAAGAUUGUCUUUAAUUUGUGCCUAUGCAGUUUUUUCAAAAGAACAAGGAACAGAGCAACCGAGACCUCAACAGCUACAAUACCAAAGAUGAGGAUUUCUCACGACUUUUAGUUCAGUUCAUUCUCCCCCCUUGCACAGCUAAUAUGCGUAUCGCACGAUUGAUCUGUGCAAAGGUAAAUUGAUUCUGUUUCUUUUGAGCAACAAAAAACAAACACACAAAAAGGAUGAUUAUUUUUUUUAAAUACUAAAAAGUUCUUUUCUUUUCUUUUCCAAUUUCUGCUCUCACAUGGAAUCUUCCAAAGGAUUCCAUGGGCUCCAAGUAUAAGAUGUUGGGAUACUAAGCUAAUGGAUCUUCUCCAACCCGAUGUUGUGCAUGUGUGGAGGGGAGAAGCACCUCACUCUUUAAAUGAUAAUUUGGGCUCAGUGGAGUUGCACAUGUUAUGUGAUUUUAAAAUGAUAACCUAGGAGAUGGGUUAGAGGGCAACUUUUGUGAAUGCAAAUGAAUGGUAUGUGUUCUUGUUUCUCAUACUGUUGGAAAGGAGCUUGACGCAUAUAAUCCAGACAGUGAAUAGUUAGUUCUUUGUCAGAACCUUGGGCAGUUUAACUUCACUAUCCAGUGUUCUGCACAUGGCCAUUAAGUCUUGACCACUCAACACCAGACCAGUGUUUCUCAAAUUAGGAAAUCACAGACCUUCUAGACCUUCUAGCAGUUUGGUCCCCAGCUCCACCAAGCAGGCCCAAACAAUCCUAUGCCUAGCUUCUGCUCACACAGUAUACAGCUCCGAUUCAUCCAUGGUAUACAGCUUCUUCCCUCAGAUUCAUAUACAUUCACUCUUCCUGGGAGAACUCCUCUCUGAACUCAGGAACUGGACAUAGAACAUCAGAGAUGCAUGACUCUACCCUUCUCAGUCAUCAAUGUGAGUGGAGUGAUAAUCCUUCCUUUGGAGAACCCAGAAUAUUGAAAGUGUAUUAGGUAAUAACACACCGCCACCCUGGUUGAGAAACACUGUUCUUGGUGACUUUUUAAAUAUUGUGGACCCACCAAUGGUAUUCUGUCUCCAUUGAGAGCCUGCAUUCUGCUAAUUCGAGCUAGUAAUGAAAUUUUCAUAACCGCUAUAUGCAAAAUCCACCUCCAAUCACCCCACUUAAAAGGUGAACCACCCGUAAGGCAUCUCCAACUCCUCUGUAGGGUAUUGAUUUGCUGUUUGGGAAUCAAUAACUUAAGCUGGAUGAGGAGCUGGAGAUGUUUACUUGCAGGUAUCAUCCACACCCAUUAAAAUCGUUGCUUGUAUUGCUAGACUUUGGUAGCAAAACUCCCCCCCCCUUUUUUUUUAAACAAUUCUGGACUAAGCUCUCAGCUCAGAUCCAUCACUAUAACAAUAACAGGGUAGUUAUGAUUAAUUCAUUGUAAGAACGAAGUUGGAACUGUUUCGCCAGUAGAACAAACUUGGAUUCUUCCAUGAAAAAAAGUUCAAGACGAAAUGUCUUUUCAAAUCCUAACCUGAAAAUUUAAAGGAAAAGCAUCCAAAAUUCAUUCCGAAGUGCUUUGGUGUGAGAGGUAGAUUUUGCUUUUAUCAGAAAGGAGUGUUGGCCCUAAAAGUCUUUGAGCCAAAAACCUAAAUUCCCCCUUCUAAUUAUUUCAAGAAUCGCCAUGGCAGAAACUGAAAGCCUGGCUUGAGGUCUAAGCAUUGCCACAGUGGCUUCUCAAUGGUCACAGAACAUUAACACUGCGUGAGUUUUGCAAAGCCUACAGAUAUACCCUCUUGUGCAAAUGAAAAUGAUCACAAGGGCCAUGUGAAAGUCUGGGUAUUGUCAGAUCCACCCAUCGCCCGGAUGAUAGAUGUGGCCCAUCCCUACAAAAUAAGAUACUGUACACACUUUGCAUCUUGGGCCAUAUUCAAGAAUGUUCACUUAUGCAAUGCUGUUGAUUCAUUCUUGCAUUUGAUUUGCUCAUAUGUCUCAGACGUGUAACAAUCUCUUAUUGGGAUGAACAUUGAACUUCAGCUGAAGAGCAAAAGGUCAUUUCCAAUGUCUUCAAAUACUGCUCUCUGUUUUCCUUCCCUUGCCAGGGAGAGAGGGGUGAUUCUGGGGAACUUAUCCUAGGCAGCACAGUCAGUUCAAGCAGCUCACUGACCUGCGGUCUUACUCUAAAAAGAACUCUGACAGCAUUUCUGGCAUAAUGGUCAUAUUGGUGAAAAGGGAUAAUCUCAAACUUUACACUGUCAAAUCCCGUCAUCUGGUAUAUCUACUCAGGCAUGAGACGCAUGUUCUGUUUUAAUUAUAUGAAUACGAAAGACAGUGGUCUUUGACAUGCCAUUUGUAGCUCCACCAAUGGCUGCCAACAGUUUAGCUGGUGAUUUCUACUCAACGUAUAACACACCUUCUUCCUUCUCUGAAGUUAUCCAGUUUCUCUGUUCCCAUUACAAGCAGCCGCUUCUGUUCCUAACCUCUUGUGGUCUUACUUGACUUGUCCCAACCAUAUUUCCUUCGUUGCAGUUGCACUGUUGGUAAACAAUUAUGUAACUUUGCCACCUGCCAUUCACCGAAUGACAAGGGCAUCUUGGAGACAUGGCAGCCAUUGUUAAGAUUUUGUUUUAUUUUAUUUUUUAAAAUGUCUUGGCUUAAACUUCUGUAUAAUUGCAAUGAGUACUGCUCAUUUUGUCUGUUCUGCUCCACCAAGAAAUGGUAGCGAUCUAGUAUCCCAACAUCUUCCUUACCUUUUAUACUUGGAGUUUUUUUUUCAUGGGCACAUCCAAGAUGAAUUCAACUUUCAAGAAACCUUGGAUAUUGUUUAAUCAUCUGUGGAGGAACAAAGAAUGUGCUUGAUUACUUCGGUUGAAUAGCUUUAUACUGGAUCUCUCUUAACUAAAGCUAAAUCCAAAGACCUACGGAGGACAAAAACCAGCAAAACGUAAAGCUCAGACCGACUUACGGGAAUAGCAACCUCCUUUUUUUUUACCCAAAAAAAAGAGGAGAUGUGGUAAUGACAUAGCUAUGGGGGAACAAAAAUUCUGAUGUUUUUCUUGCUUGUCACCAUAUUUAAGUAUUUUGUGAUUUUUUUUAUAUAGAUUAUACUUGGCCUACUCUAUAUUUAUUAUGGGAAUUGUUAUUUUUGCUAUUGUUUAAAAGUUACGCCAGUCAUCUUCAAAGCCUUUUUCCUUUCCUGAUACAAUAUUGGUGGUUAUUGAUCGUAAGAUUUACUUUGACGAGAUCAAGACCUAAGCCGAAAGCCUUAGCUCCAGUUAAAUUUUCAUUCCGACCAAAGCUUCUCUUGGUUCCAAUGGAGCCAGUGCGCCAUCUUGGAUUUUCGGAUGCAACUUUAGCUGGAGCUAAAACGGUAGGGUCAGGCUUCUGUUGAUUACCCUUUGUGAUUAUUUUGAUGACGUUGCGGGUUAUUUUGGUCGCAGCCCACUUGGAUGCGCUCCCAAACAUGUCCCAUUGAAAUGAACCAAAGUUAUGCAGGAGUAUGGAUGCGUGCUGCUGCCUCAGAUUUCAAUGGGUCGUGUGCAAGAGCCUUUUUCUGCUGGGCUGGGCCUUUUUGUUAGACUUAAUUUGCUCCGCUCCCCCCCCUUAUUUAUCAAUCCUAGAAUCGUAGUGCAUCCUAGAUGCAAAUCUGAGGUUAGCACAUAAAUUUAAUGGGGAGGGAGGGAGUAUUAGUAAAGUUCUGUUACAGACACGGGGGGGGGGGAGAGAAGGUACCAAAAAAAUUAAAGAGUCCCCCAACCCCUCUCCCCAAAACUGGAGCAUGCUUUAUUUCUUAUAAUCAAUCUCAAUGGUUUUUAUAAAAUGAUUGACCCUUAAGUUAUUUAAUUUAAUUCCUCCUCACCUCACUCAAAAUAAUGAAACCAAAAAAACCCCAGUGAGGGAUACCUUUUUAAUUAUUAUUAUUAUGGCACAUAAGAGCCUUCAUAAUAUAACUUAUUUAUUUAACUUAUUCAGCAUCUACUGCAGGUGCCCUUGUAUAGUUUAUAUUUUUAUUUUUUUUAUGAAAUCAACUUAAAGCACUACAACUUAUUUGCUGUCAGAACAACAGAGUGAUGAUUCUUUUUUUUCCUUUUCACUUUUUGGACAAGCAAGGAAUAUUUUGUCUAAACCAUGCAUUCAGGAACAACAGGGGAUUUUUUAAAGAAAAAAAAACCAAGACACUGCAACACUUUGCCUGAACUUUGUGGCUUUUUAAAAACUUAAGCUGGGGGAAAAAUAUAAAAUAACAACAAGCAAAAAAUAAUAAUAAUAAUAAUAAACGAAUGAAAAAAAAACCUAAAAAGAGAGAAACCCUUAAAGUAGCUGCUUCCAAGAAUGAACUUUGUGUGUGUGUAAAAAAAAUAAAAAUUAAA